AUGGACAACAACGAAGCAUUUAUAGAAGGAAUAAGUGAUGAAUAUUAUAAUUCAGUGUCAGCAAUUUUGUACAAUGAUGAUACUGAUUUUGAGUCAGAUCUGGACGAAGAAGAGGAUAUCAUUGAAGAAGAGAGAGACCAAGAUAUGAUAGAUUUAGAUGAAGAAGAUGUACCAGAAAGAAUAGACAAUGAUGAUCUGGAGACAACUGUUGAAGAAUUAUGUCAUGGUUUUAAAUAUGUUGAUGGAUUCAUUGUGAAAGAUGGAAAAGUUUACAAUGCGCGCGGAAGUAGUUUCAAAAACAUCCAUUACCACGUUUGGAAUGAAAUUCUGGAAAAACGUUUAAGACUUGUUAGAAUUCUCAAGUAUAAAGAAGGAAGAAUCUAUAAAAUUAAAAAUAAUACUAUAUUUGAUUAUGUGGAGCCCGUGACAAGGUUUGUUAGUCAAAAACGAGGAAAAACAAGUUUUCUGAAAUAUCCUUCGAAGGGUGCUGUUAAAGUUACGGGAGCAACAGUUAAUUUUAACACUAGAGGAUAUGUCAUGAUUGUUUUGGGUAAACCUGGAGAGGAAAUAUGUAACUGUUCCACAACUCAAGAUGUGACACCACAAUUGGAAGAAAAUAAUACGAUUCUAAACACAAUGUAUGGUAAUAUUGAAUAUGAUGAUGAUGAUAUUCAACUUGUUAAAGAUGCAAAUAAUGCUGAAAUAAUCAAGAAUGGAGAAAUGGUAUACUGGACUUUAUAUAAUAAAGCAAUAAAACGAAUUCAUUUCAAAGAUAUUAUGACUACUACCAAACAUAAUGGGGUUGAGAAAACAACUCAAUUCAUUAAAACUCAUAGAGCAGCUUAUGUAAAUUCAAUGGCUCACUCAUUUGGUAGACUUUUAUGUAUUGUUUGGAUUGCAAAAGAUUUAAAGAUGAUUGAUAAUGAGAAAUAUACAACCGACUUGGCUCUCGUUAAUGAUAUUUUGGAUCCAUCAGAUGAAAAGAAAGUCGAAUCGAUUACAAAGUUAGUUAGAAGAUUUAUUGAAAAACCAGAUUCAUUAAUUGCAGCUGUAUUUUCGUUGUUUUUCACUCCUUUUAAUGAAAGCAGAUUUUAUCCGGUAUCUAUUUGUAUUAAAAGACUUAAUAGUAUUAGAAAUAUCUGCAAGUAUACAAUGGCUACUACUCGUGAAAAUUUGGUUAAGUAUGAAAUACACAAAUCAUCAGAAUCUACAAAUGUUCCUGGAACCGUACUUACGGACAAAUUGUUUACUAGUUUGCUCAAAGGAUUUACAGUAAAAGGUUUGAAUGACGAUGCUUGCGUUAUUGAAGGUACAAAAAUUUCAAAAAAUGAUUUAAUUGACAUUUAUAAAACUGCCAAAACUAUUUUUGACGAAUCUUGGGAAAGGAUUUGUCUUCAUUCUUUUAAAUUUGUGAGUCAAUCAAGUGUAUAUGCCCACUACUUGACGUAUCAAACAUCGGGAACAUCAAGUUUUUUACCAGGACGUUUAAAGACUACUUUUCCAAGCUUCCUUGGUCAAAACAAAGAAAAGGUUUUGCAUUUGAUUCAAAAGUGUACUUUGGCUCUCAUGGUUAUGAUAUAUGUCAGUUCAUGUAAUACAUUUAGGUUUUCUGAACUUAGUUCUUUGGCAUUUCAAUCAAGUACAUCUCGUGCUAGAAACAUUGUCCACAGGAAUGAGAAUUUGCAUAUUCAAACAUUCAAUAAGAUAAAUGGAGAGCGGAAAUAUGCACUUCGUUGGUAUCCCAAAAUUAUGGAUGAGAUGAUGGUAGCUUUUUUGUUUGCUCUUCGUCCUUUGCAGAUGGAUUUAUUAGAAGGUUCGUUUGAAAAAAUUAGAUCAGAAGAUUAUGGAGAUGAAGUUGAUGCUAGUGUUUGCUUUCGUCAAUUUUGCUUUCUUGAUGAUACUGGUAGAUUAAUAAACUUGAGAAAAUUUAACAAUUUUUUACAUGCUAUAUAUCCAUCUAAAAGACUUGGUUCUAGGUACAUCAGAAAAGCUAUCACUUUUAUGGCUAAAAGAAAUGUCACUACCAGAGUACAUCAAGAUGCAGCUGAGUUCAUGGAAGGAAUGUCUCGUGAUACCCCAAUAACUGCAUCAAUCAAUUAUCCUCAAGAUCUAAAUAUUGUCAAGAAAUAUUUUAAGCAUGAAAUACCUUCAGUAGAAUCCUUAGGUAAAAACUGGUGCAAGUAUCUUGAGAUACUCCCAGCUGAUCCACCUCGUAAUUUUUCCAGAUUCAACAUUCUUGAAAUCAAAGAAAAAGUUUUAUCAAAAUAUCCAAAUUUUGAAUUUACUGAUUUGCAAUAUAGUUCAAUAUUUGAAUUGUUAAUGGGUAAUGCAAGAUCUUUGAUAAUUACUGGUGGAACUGGUGCAGGUAAAACAGAUUGUGUAUUAAUACCAAUGGAAUUGUUCAAAAAGUCUACCCAGUUGAAUAUGCUACACGUAGUCGUUGUACCUAACGUUAGUUUGAAAUCAGACAUAAUGAAAAAAUUUGGAGAGAACUUAAAUGUCCUUGAUGGAGAUAGAAGCAAUGAAAUUACUAAAAAUACAGAUGUCAUUGUUUGCAGUUAUGAGCUUUUCAAAGAGCAAAAGUUUGAAAAAUGGUUGUCGAGAAAGAAAAGUUUUGGGUUUAUAGUUUUAGAUGAAGCUCAUUUGAUUCAAGAAGAGACAAGGUUGAAGCAGAUGAGAAAAAAUAUUAAAUUGUUCAUGACGCUGGUGUUUUUGACUGCAACACCAAGUUCCACUUUAACUGGUUAUUUAGAAGAACAGUUUCAAGUCAAUAUCGAGGAGUAUCAAGGUAUUAAAGAUGUUUAA